AUAUAAAAUAUCGGAUACGUUGAUUCAUUAUAAAAAUAUAUAAGACGAUGCCUUCGAACGCGGAGGAGCGAGUGAGGCAAAAAGCAGGCUGGUUGGCACGGCCGGCUUGCAGAAUUCAAAAUGAAUACAAUCCGGAAGCAGUGUCUCAGUAUUUUCAGAUAUCCGUUAGCAUCAUAGAAGCAAGGCAACUGGCGUGGUCAAAUGCUCAAUCAGCCAGUUCAUUUGUAAUUGUACUUCUUGGAAAAAAAAAACAUAGAACCACCUUAAGAAAAAACAUGGCCAACCCAUUGUACAAUGAAACUUUUAUUUUCGAGAUGUAUGCAAGCCUUAGUGUUCUACAACAAUCAAGUCUAUGGUUCGGAGUGAUGGAGCCGAAAUGUUGUGCAACAACACGGCUAAUUGGAGAAACCACUGUUAAUCUUGGAAUUGUUUGGCUACAGCCAAAACACCAAAUUUAUCAGAAAUGGACGCAACUUUCGGUGCCUCACGAACCCUCUGCAGCUAUAUAUGGAUUUCUGAAAAUCGAUGUUUCAAUAUUAUUGAAAGGAGAAAUACGAGACAUGGCAUCUAUCAUAAGAUGUGAAAAAUUUGAAGAUAAUCUUCAACCAUCAAAUCCUGAGCAACAACGAGCAAAGUAUACUUUAACAAUAUAUGGCGCAUUUGGAGUUCCUUGUGGGAGCCACAGUCCUGGUGACAGACGACACAGCAAGGCUCCAAGUUGCUAUAUUCGUGUAUCAUUCUGCGAUUUAGUGGCAAAGACAAGUGUACAACAAAGAACUAUUAACCCAAUUUUUAAUGAGGAAGUAUCAAUAGUUGAACUCUUUCCAAAUAACUGUCAAACGGUGUUUAUUGAAGUCAUUUCAACAGAUAUGGGUUAUAAUCAAAUUAUAGGAAGUACUAAAUUGAAGAUGGAGGAUAUUUCCCAUGAUGGUGAAAAUGGGUUUAUUCCUUGCUUUGGUCCAUCGCUAUUACACAUAUACAGCUCUUCGAAUUAUGGAAAUAUGGAUCAUGACAGUGGUCCCUACUAUAGAGGUUGUUUGCACGUCGGUUUCAACACUAUCGUACCUUAUUAUCAAGAAGAAUUGAGAAGUGUUAGUGUGGAACCAGCUGAAUCAAUCCAAGCAGAACAGGUUUGGCAACUAGAGAAUUAUUGUGUUUAUAGUCAAAUCUUAGAAGCAUCUAUGUUAGAUCGGAAUGUAACUGGAAAAUCCUGUGGAGUCGCACUGACCUUCGGUGAUACUCUAACUACAAACAAUGCUGAUGAAGAAUUCAUCGCACUUAUGAACAUCACUAGAUCUCGGAAAUACCACUAUUCCGGAUGUUUGAACGUUGUCAAAGCGGAACCCUAUGGAUACUUAGACUUUGGAGGCGUGUUUCCUGUUCUUCAAUUUGUGAGCUGCCUGCCCGAUUUCAGAUUUAGAACCUACCGAAAUAAUAUGUUACAGAGAAUAGUGGACAAUAUGGAUAACACCUUGUGUAAAGUCGAACGACAAUUGAAAAGCUAUGAGUACAAAACACCCCGCGAUCUAAUUGAGAAGAUAAAAGUUGCUUACAAAACAGCAGCUUCAAGCAUUGAGUAUUAUUUAGACGUUGUUGAAAAUGCCGAAACAGCUUAUUUCAAACGUGAUAAUGAUAAUGCACAGCAAAAAUAUUGCACAGAAUUGGACAGAAAGCAAAUUAACUUACAAAGGGAUGAAAUUCGUAAAAUUUACGAUCAACUACCUAGAAAAUGGGAAAAUAAUUCAAUGCAAAAAUGUGGGCAUGAUGAGAUAAUAAAUUCAAGGAAGUCAGUAAAAGUUAUGUUGAAUAACAUGCGGCGUAUUACGAAAAAUAUAAACAAUAUUAAGUUACACGGAUGGCCGGACCUUGUCAUUUGGUUGUUGAAUGAGGGAUCCCGAGUUGCGUAUUGCAAAAUUUUAACUGAUGACAUACUAUACUCUGCUAUACUCGAACAAAGUGGAAAAAUGUGUGGUAAAAUUCACACACAUUAUAUGAAGCCCCUUAAAUGCCCAAUACACGGUAAUUCAAAUACAACAAGUUGUGAUUGUGUGGCGGGAAGGGUAGAAAUGAUGAUUUGGUUUGGCCUACAUCGUGACAGGUCAGCUUUUGAGCAGUUCCUUCCCGAAGGCUACAACCUGAAGAUCAAAGAAAAUGAUAUAAGUGUGCGGUGUAGUUCAGUGAUUGUACUCUUUCGAGCAUUUUUGUACAAAGCUAAAAUAACCAGGAGCUCAAUCAGUGAAAAGACUCUGAAUGUAUUUGUAAGGGUUUACAUAAUAAACGGAACUCUUGAGUCACAGGUUCAAUCAAAUACUUCAGUUCCAGUUUUUAACCAGGUGUUAAAAUUAAAAAAAAUAGUCCAUAUGACACCGGAGAGAUUAAUACAGCAUCCACCAAUAGCUACUGUCGAACUCUAUCAUUGCGAUCCAACGGGUAAACUGGAAUUGCUUGGUCGACUCGAUGCUAAGUGUGUUAUCGAAAAUAGGCAAGGUUACGAAUUUGCUCCUAUGCUGCAAUGGCAUAAUUUAUACAAAGGAGUUGAGUGCACAGGACAGAUUUUAAUGUCCUGUCAAAUGAUACAGCCAAAUAGUCCCACUGAAGAUAAUUCUGAAGUAGGUGAUUCGAAGGACAAUACAGAUUUCACGGGCACCUUCGAACCUUUACCUCGUAGUUUGGUGCCCAAUUCGACAACUUAUAAAAUUGAAGUUUACUGGUGGGGAUUGCGAGAAGUGAAUUUUACAAGAAAGCCGUGCGUUAUUUUGGAUGUUGAAGGCACAACUCUAAAGUCUGAUAUAAUAAAUGAUAAGGGAGGCAAUUCGAACUUCCCAAAUGGUUGGACUUCGCAGAUGUUCGACGCACCUCUGAGCAAUGCUUAUUGCCCAGUUCUAAAUGUCCAACUAUAUGAUAGCACCACUUUUGGAAGAUCACUGUUUGUCGGAACCAAUGUGGUGAAGAACCCAUUCAAAUAUCUAGUUAAAUGGCUACCGAAGCAGGAGAGGGAAGCAUCUCUACAUUGUGUUUCUGUUACAUUAUCCGACUUUAUACAAGCAACUUCAGCUCUAUACAUUAAACCAUCGAAAAACAAACAAAAGCUAAGCAAAAAUGAUGUUAGAACUGAUGAUAAUAAGAAAUAUAUAUCGCCUUUGGGGCGACGAAAUAAAUGGAGUUCACUUUUUUGCAAAGGUGAACCCGAUGAAGAGGAAUAUACGUUACUUCCUUUAUUAUAUGAUCAAAACAAAAUGAUACAACAUUCAUCUAAUACCACUGCUUAUGAGCAAAAUGACUGGUGGAGUCGAUAUUUGUAUUCACAAAAGGAUUACCUUGAUGACGAUAACUUAAAUAGUACAGAUAAAUUAACGAUUUACGAAACAGAAUUAGAAAACCAGCCACAGUUUUCAAAAUUCAAAGAUUGGUGCAGCUCUUUAAAACUGUACAGCAGCCAGAAAAUCGGUGAACCAGAAAGCGACAAAGAAUUGUUCUGUGGCCUCCUGAAGUUUGGUCUAGCAAUUUACAAAUGGCCACCGCCACCUAAUACGUUUGCAGUCAGUUUUAGCGGAGCUGAUUUAAAUCACGGUUACUUUAGCGGUCACCCAAAAAAUAACCCGGAAAACUUUUUAAUAAGAGUUUAUAUAGUAAAAGCGACAAACUUGAGAAGUAUAGAGUAUUGUGGUAAAUCGGAUCCAUAUGUAGUCGUAAGUUGUGGUAAGAGGCACUUGGGUAAUCGAACUGAUUACCAGUCGUGCACAGUGAACCCCAUUUUCGGAAAAAUGUAUGAAUUAAGAAGUAAUUUGCCAGAAGACUAUCUGGUCACAGUGUCAUUAUACGAUCACAAUUCGAUAUCUCAUGAUGAACUGAUUGGUUCAACGACAAUAGAUAUAGAAGACAGAAUUUAUUCCAAACAUAGAGCGCUAGUCGGACUUGCGAAUGAAUAUACUUUAAUUGAACCAAAACGAUGGCGUGAUAUCAAAAAACCAUCAGAAAUAUUGGAGGAUAUUUGUUCGAAAAACAAUAUACCAUCUCCAAAAUAUCCCGACAACGCCACAGUUCAUCUUAAUGGAGUGGAAUAUAAGGAUGAUCAAAAAGAUAAUAUAUUCACAUCAACAACGAAGAGAAGAGAAAAUAUAUGCCUAAACAUUUUACAAAACUGGCACACAAUGCCAAUUUGUGGAUACUAUUUAGUACCCGAGCACGUUGAAACGAGACGUCUCUAUCACUGUGAAAAACCAGGAGUGGAACAGGGCAAAGUUGUCAUGUGGAUAGAUGUAUUUCCGUUGGAUUCUUCGCUCCCUAUACCUCCACCGGUAAAUAUUACUGCAAGGAAAAUUGAAGACUACGAGCUUCGAAUAAUAAUAUACGCCGUGCGAGCUAAAUUUGACGGGGAUUUUGCUGGAAAGAAAGUUAAGAACUUUUUUAUUAAAACAUGGUUGGGGUCAAGUGAAAUGGUUCAGAGGAGUGAUGUUCACUACAACUGUGACAUGCGUGGAGGAAAGAUCAAUUGGAGAAUGAUUUUUAACUUCCAAUAUCGAUAUGCAGAACGAAAGCUGCUUAUACGAGACAAGAGACCCUUCACGGAAUAUGAAGAAAGCCAACCUCCAAUAUUGGUCAUUCAACUUAUGGACUGUGAUACAGAUUCAUCGGAUAAUAAUUGUUUAGGUUCACUGAGUCUCAAUUUAAAUGACAUGCCACAAGGAGUACUUCGGUCAUCCUCAUGUCUACCAGAGAACAUUAACAAAAUGAAAAAAAUAGAUUUAUUUUCUGUUGGCUCUAUCCGGGGAUGGUGGCCACUGCAAACAAUGAACAGUCGAGGAACUAUUUUACCAGCUGGUUUAAUUGAAUUGGAUAUGAAAUUACUUCCAUUGGAAAAAUCAAUUUUGAUGCCCGUUGGAAUUGGAAGACAGGGCCCUUCUUCUUUGUCAGAACCUUGUGAUCCGGCCAGUUGGUCAAAUCCUCUACUCAAAAUGGUGAAAUGUGUUGGAACUAUUUGUAAAUCUAUAAAGUCGAAAGCUACGAUAAAAGUUAUUAUCAUUUUUUUGAUACUUGUAUUAACAAUGUAUUCCUUAUACUACUUCUGUUACGAUAUGCUCUCUAUUUUCGAUGACGAGACAGACAAUGUGUAUCAGUAUAAUUAAA